AUGCGUGAGAGCUUUCACUUAUUUAUCAAUCUUGCGAGUAUCCCUUUCCCAGUGCGGUUGGUAGAGCGGGUGCAGAAGGCGCGCUGUGGUUGCAGGGCGCGCGGGGGCGCGCGCGCCGGGCGUGCGCGCGUGGAGCGCCUCGCCGCGGGCCUCCCCGACCUUCGGCCGCCGCCUCGUGGGCGCCGCGGCGCGCGCGCAGGGCCGCCUCGAGCUGGCCUGCGAUGUCUUCGGCUCGCCCAACCCCGCCGUCGCCUGGUACAGAAGAGAUAUCACCAAUACCAAUCCAAAGAAUGUAUUCUUGAAUGGUUUCCUCCAUUGAGAGGGACGCCGCCCAUCGACGUGGUGUGGCUGAAGGACGGCGCGGAACUGCCCGACUGCGACGACUUCCGGUAUGUGGACUACGGCGACGGGCGCGUUGGCCUGCGCUUCGCUGACGUCUUCGAGCAGGACUCCGGCGACUACAGCUGCGAGGCCUUCAGCGCCCACGGCGACGCCGCCACCGUCGGCCGCCUCCUCGUCCAAGAGAGCAGCAGCGCCGAGGAGGCAGGC